CUGCUCCUCAUGGCCUCCCUUCACUUCUGCUCCGAGUGCAACAACCUCCUCUAUCCGAAGGCGGACCCUCAGCGCCGGGUCAUGGUCUACGCAUGUCGCAUCUGUGCCUACGACGAGAUUGGCGAGAACCAGUGUGUGUACAGGAACGAUUUGCUCACGGUGACGAAAGAGCAAGUCGGUGUAACGAACGACCUUGGCUCGGAUCCUACACUGGCGCACUCCAAAAUGACAUGCCCGAAGUGCGGACAUGAUGAUGCCGUAUUCUUCCAAGACCAAUCGAAGCGGAAAGAAACCCGAAUGAUCCUCUUCUACGUGUGCACAAAAUGCGACCAUCCAUUCACGGACGCAACACUCGACUUGGAGACACAGCCAGAGAUGUGAUUGGGUUCUCCGUCAGUCGCGGCUGGAUGCGCCAGCAUACCCUUUGUACACUACCGUCUUGUAUUGCUAAUCACCAGUGUUCAUU